AUGGCCACCACCGCCCAGAUGCAGCGGCCUUACCCUCCCAUCUAUCAAACCCCUCAAUCCAAUUCACCAGCAUCAGUAGCCUCUCAGGCACAUGAUCAACAUGGCCGCAACCUCUAUACUCAGUCGCCUCAAAUGCCAUCCCAGAUGUAUGGCUACCCGCCAUAUUCGCCGAUUCCGCCGUCGCCAUAUGCGGCUCAUCCUUCUCCCCAACCCCAUCCCCUCACGUCACAGCCCAUGAUGAUGCCUCCGCAGACGACCACCGCGCAGAUGGCACCUCAUCAACCCACCCAUAUGCCCAAUGCCGCCCUCUCCAGCAGCCCAGCCAUGAAAAUGGACACAAUCCCACCCCCCAGCUCUUCACAACGAUCAAUGCUCAACCCACCACUCCCCACACCACACAACGCCGGUAUUCAACCCAGCAACCUCCACCAAACAUCCCCUCUCGGCACUAGCUCGAGCGCUGCACCCGGCCCAAUCCCGGCCACCACGCCGCUCGUGGUGCGACAGGACAGCAAUGGCGUGCAAUGGAUCGCCUUCGAGUACUCCCGAGACCGUGUCAAGAUGGAGUACACGAUCCGGUGUGAUGUCGAAUCUGUGAACGUCGACACCCUCAGCCAGGACUUCAAGACCGAAAACUGCGUCUACCCACGUGCCUGCUGCAGCAAGGACCAGUACCGGGGCAAUCGGCUGGUCUACGAAACCGAGUGUAACGCCGUCGGCUGGGCGCUGGCUGAAUUGAACCCUGCCCUGCGGGGAAAACGCGGCCUUAUCCAGCGUGCCGUCGAUAGCUGGCGCAACAGCAACCAGGAUCCUCGUCUGCGCAGCCGCCGCGUCCGCCGCCAGGCCAAGGUCAAUUAUCGCAAACAGUCCAUAGCCCCACCCACCCCACACAUGGCGGCGGGUCCUGUUGGUGGCCCGAGCCUCCCAAGCACCUCAGCUAUGCCGCCGGUCCCGCGGCCGAAUAUUGGCGCGCAGGGCCCGCUGGCGAUGGGCCCGCCGCAGCUGCACCACCAUCAUGCGCAGCCGGAUGGCAGUCCUAAGAUUGAGGAAGUCAGCGCGCUCCUCAGCGCCCCGUCGAACCUGGCCGACUUCCACCCGCUGCACCAGACCUUCACCCGGCACACGUCUUCCAUUCGACCGCCGUUCCCCCCCUCAACCGCCGGGCCCGCGAUGCCCCCGCUCCUCCACGACCCGGGCCUCGCCCCGCUGGCCCGGCACCCGACCAUUGCGACGGCCGGGCCCGCGGCUGCCUCUGACGACGAGAGCAGCCCCACGAACGACGACCUCUUCCGCGCCCUCCCCGCCGGCAAGCGCCGCACCUUCAUCCUCGUCGAGGAUCCGCAGCGCGGCGCACGCGUCCGCGUCAAGGUCAUGCUCGACAAGGUUAACAUGGACGAAAUCCCGGACUCCUACCGCGCCACUAACGCCGUCUUCCCGCGCGCCUACUUCCCUGUGCAAAUGCGCGCCCCCGGUCGCCCCGUCCCGCCGCGCCGCUUCCUUCGCGGAGUCGACGACGACAAUGCGCCGGAGUCAACGCUUGGCCGGACGCUCGUGCCGGCGCCGUCGCUGGACGGCGAGUGCGAGGUCGGCGUGCCCCGCUUGUCACGCCGCCAAUGCCAGAAGGAGGUGUGGCUGAAUGAUCUGGGGUGUCGGCUAGGAUGGAGUCAGAGUCGCGUGUUUGCGGGACGGAGGCUGUUCUUGCAGCGCUCCAUGCUGGCUGCGGGCCAGGAUGCGACUGAGAUUCCCGAGCAUUUCGACACGCGGCGUGGCAAGCGCCGAUUCUUGGAGCGCCGCGGCCGGCAUGUCGAGGCUGGCGGAGCUGGCAGUGCGGCACAGCGAAGUGUGGAGGAGGUUGAAGGGUAA